UGAAGAUGUUGUUGUUUGGUUUGGUUGGGACAGUGUACCUCUGUUUACAUCCCCGAACAAUCCCCGGAUUCACUUAUACUUACAAGGAAGAAGCAAGUGAGAAACAUGUCGGGCAGCCAAAACGACUGCCUCGUUUGCAGGCACACGUUGACUCGUAUGGGAAUGAUUACUUGUCAUCUCAGAUUGACCUAUCGCUCACAAAUUUCCAGUGAUUGGGGUACAAAAUCAUGAUGGAAGGUCUCGAUAUAAUGUGUUGGUCGAGCUAGAUGGCGCAGAAAUCCUUCGAACGACCCAGAUACUUGGAGCGAGUAAUAUCACGUUCAGCGCUAAAUGCGAUGCCGCGGGGAAAGAUGCUAGCGUUAUGCGGUUCAAGCUAUACAAGGUUGUAGAUGAUGAAGCAAGUCCCACAUCAUUGGAAGGGGAAGUGCAAUACUCUCUUGCAGAACUGAAGGCUGCACAUGGCAUCGAACAAGAUAACGGGUUUUCUGUAGUUCUGCCUCCAUCGAGUGUUUCGUUGUCUUUCCGAUUAAUGCCAGCCCAGAACGAAGAAAGGAGCGAUGCAGGCCAUGCAGCUGCUAAGUGCAUUACGCCUCCUACGGACGAUAACGCUGGAACCAGUCCCCCAAAAAAUAUGGACUGGGGGUUGUUGAGUGCUCGAGCAAACAGUCUCAUGACCAGCUACAACCAGCUACAUCAAGAUGAAGACAUAGAAGAAGCCAUCCUAAUCCUUUCUGAGUGGUACAAUGGCUUGCCUCUUGGCAGUAAUGAUCACGCUGCCUGCGCCAACAGCCUUGGUAACGCGUUUCAUUCGCGUCUCCGUCACUCGAAUAGCAUUGACGACCUUAAGCAAGUCGUACAUUACUGGAGUAUAGCUCUAGUAUCCUGGACUUCCGAAUCACCAUAUUACAUCCCUUUGGUGGUCAACCUGGGAGGCAUGCUUCGCAGGAGGUUUGAAUGGGAAGGAAAUUUCGAGGACAUCCAACAAGCCAUCAAGAUGUAUAGCGCCGCCAUGUCUAGCUGUCCUUCAGAUAGCCCAUAUCGUCACAACCUCCUCAACAACUUCGCCUCCGCUGUUCGAACUCGUUUUGAGCAGAUCGGAGAUGCUCAAGACCUGGACCUUUCGAUUCACACCCACCAAGAAUGUCUGUUGCUGCGACCACCUGGCCACCCAAGCCGUUUCUCGACUCUGUCGAACCUUGGUGAUGCAAUCUGUAUUCGCUAUCGUCAUAAAGGACACGUGGAUGACCUCACCACUGCAAUGGCAUACUAUCGUGGAGCAUUAGAACUUUGUCCGGCCGAAAGUCCAUCUUAUGCAAUGGUUCUCAUGAAUGUCGGGAUUGUGUUACAGCAUUCAUUCGAGCGCGACGGGGACUUGCAGAACUUGGAUGCGGCAAUAGAGCGUUUCAGCGCUGCACUGACAGCUUGUCCCGAGAAUCACCCAACACGAUCCUCCCUCCUCGCCAACUAUGCGGGCGCUCUCUAUAUGAGAUUUGCGCAGCGUGGAGAUACCAACGACCUUGAAUAUUCCAUCGCACUUUAUACCAACUCCUUGGCGAAUCAGCCCCCUACACACCUGUAUCGCUUCUCCUCCCUUCGUAGUCUCGGGAACGCUCUGUUGACCCGCUUCAACGUUAACGGUGUUCCCGAAGAUCUUGAUCUCGCUAUAACACACAUAGCAUCUUCCAUGGCUCUGUGUGGACCCUCGCAUCCAGAACAUAUACCUGUGCUGAUGAGCUUGAUCAACUGCCUCAUCGUGCGUUACAAGGAGCGCGGAGAUAUCAAUGACCUCGAUGCUGCUGUCGAGCACUCUGAGGUAGCCAUACAAGUCUGCCCGAGGGAGAACACUGACUACUUCCGUCUGUUGACGCAUGCCAACAACGCCUUGUCCACACGGUUUUCUCGCCGACAGGACGUUGGAGAUCUGAAGAGAAUAAUCGACUGCUGCAACUCAGCUCUCAAAGAUGUCCCACAUCACUACGCCGCCCAGAUCCUUGCUAUGGAUCGUGCAGAUGCUCUCCUACUGCGUUAUUUCCAUGAAGGGAGCAUGGAUGAUUUGGAGCACACAAUUUCAUGUUACCAGGACAUGAUGCAAGAUUUAUCUAAAGAUCAUCCAGCCUUUUCCCGUGCCCUCAUUCAGCUAGCAUCUGCACUUCGAGCUCGCUUUGAGCAGAAUGGUAAAGCGGAUGAUAUUAAUUGCGCGAUCGAUCACUAUCGCACGGCAUCUGAGGCGUGCCCUCCUGGUCACAUUGACCAUUCGGCUGCCUUUUCAGGUCUCGGAAACACUCUCCUGCUGCGGUAUCUCAUCUUCAGUCCUCUGGAUGACCUCGACGAAAGCAUAGUUCAUUUAACUCAUAUUGUCGAAGCCCGUGCUUCGGUCACCAACCACCCAGAGUAUCCCAGAGGUCUUGCAAAUCUUGCACAUGCAAUCUUCGUCCGCUUCCAAAUCCAACAUAACAUCACUGAUCUGGACAUCGCAGUAAAUUAUCUACAUUUGGCCCGGGAUCAUCCCAACCAAUCAGAGGGGCACAUUUUUUCCUACCACCUUGCCACUGUACUUUCGACUCGCUACAACGAACGCAAAGACAUCGAUGAUUUGCAAGAAAGCAUCAAGCUGUUUGAAACAGCGCUCCCCAUGUUUUCCCCCCAUAACCCUCAUGGGCUUCACCUCCGCCGAAACCUUGCUCGUUCUUUGCACAAGAUGUACUUGGAACGACGGAUGAUCGACGAUCUAAACGCUGCGAUUGCUCAUUUUGAGGCAUAUUUGACAAUCUCGCCAGAUGAUCACAUUGACCUGCCGCUUACGCUGGUUUGGCUAGCAGGCUGUCGGCAUAUGCGGGCGGUGGUGGAUAAAGAUGAUGACGACUUUCAGAAUGCCCUCGUACUUCUUGCCACUGCCAGCGAGAAGCUGCCCAAAGGCCACUCGCAGUUUUUCCCCAUUUACAGCCUGUAUACGAUCAUCUACCGAGAUUAUCACACGCUCACCAAAGACACCUCGUGGUUAGAGAUGGCAUUCCAGUAUCAUGACCUGGCUUCUAGCGCAUCUGGAAUCCGCACAUGGGAACAGCUGACUGCGGCUUUAGGUUGGAGAACGGACGCCGAUAUUUUUCAUCAUCCGUCGGCUCUGGAAGCAUACAAAACUUCCAUGAAGCUGCUCGAUCGACAUAUUAUGGAUACUCCUACGAUUUCUGGGCGCUAUAAGGCUAUGCUCAGUGGUAUAUUGCGCGAUACGUCCUCACUCGCUGCAGAUGCUACCGCCUGCGCGAUCAGUGAGGGCGAUCUCGAGCUGGCAGUCGAACUCUCAGAACAAGGCAGAGGGCUACUUUGGUCACAGAUGUCUCGCUUUCGAGCAACCAUCGACGAUUUGCGAGCUGUUGAUGAUGAAGGGUGUCGACUUGCGGAUGAAUUCGAGUUCCUCAGCGCUCAACUUGGGAGGAGGCAAUCUGACUUCUCAAGUAUCAGCAUUGUCGCUCAGUCGCUAAGAAGAACACAGCUGGAACAAGAGGCGCGUCGAUAUCGCCAGCUCACGUCUCAGUGGGAAGUCCUAGUGGCAAAAAUACAGCAAAAGCAAGGAUUUGCGUAUUUCUUGAACCCAAUGUCAUACAAGGAGCUGAAGGCAGCUGCGAUUGCCGGCCCCGUCGUCAUCAUCAAUGCAAGCGUGAAGCGGUGUGAUGGGAUCAUCGUUACCGAAGACGGACCUCCUCGACUCAUUCCACUCCCCCAUGCCUCGCUAGCGGGUAUUUCUACCACGUCUGAUGACUUUCGCAAUGUACUUCGGAACACCGCAGGAGUUGGAGAAGAGAAGAUGAGAGAAAAGCAACUUAUACCUGUCCUCCGCAGGCUUUGGGAUUCUGUACUGGCUCCCAUCGUUGAAGAGCUUUUGACCAUCGUGCCGAAGGGCUCUCGCGUUUGGUGGUGCCCAACUUCUAAGCUCACUUCGAUGCCCAUUCAUGCCGCAGGACCAUACUGCAAGGGUGCCAGUAACAUGCCGAAUAUCUAUGUCUCGUCAUACACACCAACUCUCUCUGCAUUGAUACGCUCAAGGAGGCAAAAUGCAUCUAAGGUCGCAUCGAAGUCUUCGUCUUUCGUUUCCAUAGGUCAAUCAAAACCGAAUUCCGGGAGUGGAGAAAGGGAGUUGGGAGCGGUGGGAGUUGAGCUUGAACUGGUCAAAUCCCUUGUACCACCAUCAAUGUCAUACUCGGAGGUUUCCGAGGAUGAAGGAACUGUCAGUGGGGCGAUCCAAGCCUUGCAAAGCAAUUCAUGGGUCCACCUCGCAUGCCACGGCAAGCAAGAUCUUGUUCAGCCCUUCGAUUCAUCCUUCGCUCUCCGUGAUAAGCCAUUGCGGCUUUUAGACAUCAUACAAGCCGAACUGGAAAACCCGGAGUUUGCUUUCCUGUCUGCCUGUCACACAGCGGUUGGUGACAAGAACACACCUGAUGAAGUCAUCCAUCUAGCCGCGGGGAUGCAAUUUUCUGGUUUCAGAGGUGUCAUCGGUACAAUGUGGGCGGUGGAUGAUACCACUGCUCACCUCAUGGUGAAAGAAUUCUAUGACGCGAUGUUCAGUGGUAAAAUCGACUGCACGAACGCGGCGAGGGCUUUGAACAAAGCUUCCAAAGCCGUCGACAAGAAUAAAGUACCAAUGGACCAGAGAGUCGUAUUCAUUCACAUUGGAGCAUAGUUAGCCGUGCAGUGGGAUUAGCAAGUAAGUACUGUGUACAUACUUAUAAACUUGUCUUGGGUUCGUGGUGAUCGAGUACAUACAUAUGACGAUAUCGUUCGACAUAGUAGUCAGACUCGGUCUCAGACCUAGCAGCCUGGCGUGGUGCACUGGUGACGCUCGUCAUUCAAUGGGCAAGUUCGCAACUUGUGGCUUUAGUCAUGCACCGUUACUUACUAAAUAGUUGCCGCCUACCUGACUGAAGAUCUUCCUCAGUUUCAGUCUUGAGCCUUGCCACGAGGAUAUAACUUAUUGUGUAAG